AGAGAGAUAGUGAGUGAUGCAGAAAUAGGGAAGUACAAAUUGGUAAACUUGCAAAGAGAGAGAGAGAGAGAGAGAGAGAGAGAGGGAACAUAAAGUACAUGGCGUUUGUAUUUAAGUUCCUAUAAGUAGAGAGAGAACAAAGUGAGUUGUAGACUUGGACACACAGCAUUAUAUCAGGACCUAUAGACACCUGUAGAGAGCACAACAAGAUGAGGAUCCUGCUGAUAGUCCUCCUCCUCUCCUUCAUGACAGGUUGUUUGAGCUCCUUCAAAGUGACAGGAUCCUCUGGAGGAACUGUCAUCAUCUACCGUCAUUAUUCCACAGAAGACAGAAGACGUGAGAAAUAUUUCUGCUUGGGGCCGAACCGUUUGAGAUGUAAGGAUCAAAUCAGAAGUGGAUUGAGGACCACCUGGCAGCACAGUGGUAGAUUCUCUCUGUAUGACAACACUGGAGAAAACUACUUCAAGGUGAUCAUCAGACAACUGACCAGACAAGAUGAAGGGACCUACUGGUGUGGAGUGGACAUACCUAUUAUACCUGACAGUUAUACCAAGGUAGAGCUGGAGGUGAAGAAGGAUGACUGCUGUGAGAAGUCAGUCACAGAGACGGCCUUUCUGGGAGGAGAAGCUACCAUCAGAUGUAACUAUCCAGAGGACCAUGAGGACGACAUCAAGUAUUUCUGCAAGGAACAAGAUCGCUUCAUCUGCAAUUCCAUGAACUCCAAAAACAACAAAAUAUCUGACACCGUACAGCGAUUCUCUGUGUCUGACAAUAGAGGAGAGAGAUUCUCCACAGUGACCAUCGGUGACCUGACUGAAGAUGAUACUGGGACCUACUGGUGUGGAGUAAAAACCAGCAGGACAGAACAACGUUACAUUACACUGAUCACACGGGUGAAGCUGCUUGUUAUAAAUUGGAGGGAUGUCAAACCAAUCAAUGUGACUGAGCAGGUUGGGGAGACUGCCAGGCUCACUUGUAAAUAUCCAGACGACCAUAAGCGUAAUGAGAAGUUCUUCUGUAAAGGGGACAGUCCUUUAACCUGUGAAGAUAAUGUAAGAACUACGGUACAUCAUGAAGUUGUGUAUAAAGGCAGGUUUUCCCUGAGGGAUAACCCCAGAACAACAGUCUUCACAGUGCACAUCAAAGAGCUGAGACCAGAGGAUUCUGGGACAUACUGGUGUGGAUCUGAUAGAAGAUGGAGACCUGCAGACUUCACCAGACUUAUCCUCUCUGUGGUGGCACCAACUACCACCAUCAUGAAAACCAAAACUACAGCCCCACCCACAACCACCUUCCUCUCACUAUCUUCACCAUCAUCAUCAUCAUCAUCAUCAUCAUCAUCAUCAUCAUCAUCAUCAUCAUCAUCAUCAUCAUCAUCAUCAUCAUCAUCAUCAUCAUCAUCACCAUCAUCAUUUUCACCAGCAUCAUCACUCAACGGAUCUGGUACCUCAGAGUUCAUCAUGGUGUCUGUUAGUCUGGUAGUGUUACUGCUGCUGAUCAGCCUGAUCAUAGUCUACAGAUGGAAAUACAACAAGGACACAGGAUCUGUCUCUUCAACACACAGAGUGAGUCCAGACACAGGAAACAAUGAAGGGGGUUGUCAUGGUGACGGUGACUAUGAGGAGAUAAUGGAGCGCCCCCUACAGUCAGACUCAGAUGCUGCGACCUCCACCAUCUAUGCCACCGCCAACUUACCCACAAGCUGCUCUGACUCUCCCCACUACGCCAGCGUCAAUUUCCACAAGAUCCCCAGAUUCCCCGAUGAAGCCAGAGUCACCAUUACUAAAGAGGGCAGGUGCCCCAAUGAAGCCACUGCUUCCAUUGCUAAAGUGGGCAUUUCAUCAUGUGACUACGCUACUGUGAACUUUGGUCAAAGCCCCGUCUACUCUACAGUCAAUCAUCCACACAGCUCCUCUGAGGCUCCUCCCAUCUACUCCACAAUCAGCAAACCCAGAGACACCUGAGUCAAUGGCAACCAAUCACAAGAUACAUACACACACUGGCGACCAAUCACAAGAGACAUAUUUUAACUAUAUGCGCUGACCUCUAUUUUUUUUUCUCUCUCCAAAGCCAUCACCUACAUAGAGAUGAACCUGGAGUAGAGUCCCCUAAGCAAGCCGGUCCUGGGGCUCUGUUCACAAACACAAACAGACCCCACAGAGUCCCAGGACAGCAAGACAAUUAGACCCAACCAAAUCCUGAGAAAACAAAAAUAUAAUUACUUGACACAUUGAAAGAAUUAACAAUAAAAAAAACAGAGUGACUGUGACUGAUCCAAAAUUAAGGAAAGCUUUGACUAUGUACAGACUCGUGAGCAUAGCCUUGCUAUUGAGAAAGGUCGCCGUAGGCAGACAUGGCUUUCAAGAGAAGACAGGCUAUGUGCUCACUGCCCACAAAAUGAGGUGGAAACUGAGCUUCCUAACCUCCUGCCCAAUGUAUGACCAUAUUAGAGACACAUUUCCCUCAGAUUACACAGAUCCACAAAGAAUUAGAAAACAAAUCCCAUUUUUAUUAGCUCCCACGUCUAUUUGGUGAAAUACCACAGUGUGUAAUCACACAGCAGUUUCCACAAGAAAUGGGCAACCAGUGAAAAACAAACGUCAUUGUAAAUAUUUAUUUUCUCUUAUUUACUUUAACUAUUUGCACAUCGUUACAAAACUCUAUAUAGACAUAAUAUGAAAUAAUGACAUAAUAUGAAAUAAUGACAUAAUAUGAAAUAAUGACACAAUAUGAAAUAUAUUUAUUAUCUUGGAACUUGUGUGAGUGUCCAUUUAACUUGCUUCGGCAACGUAACCAUAUGUUUCCCAUAACAAUAAAACCCCUUGAAUUGAAAGGGAGAGAGCGGUAGAAAGAGAGAGGGAGAGAAAGAGAGAAGUAGUGAGAUUUGUGUCCAAUGCAUGACCAGAUAUAGUUGAUUCUGUCUAUAUUAUCUGAUAGCCUGAUAACAUUAUAUAACAUCAUAGUAUAGUUGUCUGAAGGUGAUAGAAUGAUGGAAGGGACAGAUGCAUCAUACCAAAUCAAAUCAAAUCAAAUUGUAUUUAUCACAUACACAUGGUUAGCAGAUGUUAAUGCGAGUGUAGCGAAAUGCUUGUGCUUCUAGUUCCGACAAUGCAGUAAUAACCAACAAGUAAUCUAACUAACAAUUCCAAAACUACUGUCUUAUACACAGUGUAAGGGGAUAAAGAAUAUGUACAUAAAGAUAUAUGAAUGAGUGAUGGUACGGAGCAGCAUAGGCAAGAUACAGUAGAUGGUAUUGAGUACAGUAUAUACAUAUGAGAUGAGUAUGUAAACAAAGUGGCAUAGUUAAAGUGGCUAGUGUUACAUGUAUUACAUAAGGAUGCAGUCGAUGAUAUAGAGUACAGUAUAUACGUAUGCAUAUGAGAUGAAUCAUGUAGGGUAUGUAACAGUAUAUAAGGUAGCAUUGUUUAAAGUGGCUAGUGAUAUAUUUACAUCAUUUCCCAUCAAUUCCCAUUAUUAAAGUGGCUGGAGUUGAGUCAGUGUCAGUGUCAGUGUCAGUGUGUUGGCAGCAGCCACUCAAUGUUAGUGGUGGCUGUUUAACAGUCUGAUGGCCUUGAGAUAGAAGCUGUUUUUCAGUCUCUCGGUCCCAGCUUUGAUGCACCUGUACUGACCUCGCCUUCUGGAUGAUAGCGGGGUGAACAGGCAGUGGCUCGGGUGGUUGUUGUCCUUGAUGAUCUUUAUGGCCUUCCUGUAACAUUGGGUGGUGUAGGUGUCCUGGAGGGCAGGUAGUUUGCCCCCGGUGAUGCGUUGUGCAGAUCUCACUACCCUCUGGAGAGCCUUACGGUUGUGGGCGGAGCAGUUGCCGUACCAGGUGGUGAUACAGCCCGCCAGGAUGCUCUCGAUUGUGCAUCUGUAGAAGUUUGUGAGUGCUUUUGGUGACAAGCCGAAUUUCUUCAGCCUCCUGAGGUUGAAGAGGCGCUGCUGCGCCUUCUUCACGAUGCUGUCUGUGUGAGUGGACAAAUUCAGUUUGUCUGUGAUGUGUAUGCCGAGGAACUUAAAACUUACUACCCUCUCCACUACUGUUCCAUCGAUGUGGAUAGGGGGGUAUUCCCUCUGCUGUUUCCUGAAGUCCACAAUCAUCUCCUUAGUUUUGUUGACGUUGAGUGUGAGGUUAUUUUCCUGACACCACACUCCGAGGGCCCUCACCUCCUCCCUGUAGGCCGUCUCGUCGUUGUUGGUAAUCAAGCCUACCACUGUUGUGUCGUCCGCAAACUUGAUGAUUGAGUUGGAGGCGUGCGUGGCCACGCAGUCGUGGGUGAACAGGGAGUACAGGAGAGGGCUCAGAACGCACCCUUGUGGGGCCCCAGUGUUGAGGAUCAGCGGGGUGGAGAUGUUGUUGCCUACCCUCACCACCUGGGGGCGGCCCGUCAGGAAGUCCAGUACCCAGUUGCACAGGGCGGGGUCGAGACCCAGGGUCUCGAGCUUGAUGACGAGCUAGUCGAUGAACAGCAUUCUCACAUAGGUAUUCCUCUUGUCCAGAUGGGUUAGGGCAGUGUGCAGUGUGGUUGAGAUUGCAUCAUCUGUGGACCUAUUUGGGAAGUAAGCAAAUUGGAGUGGGUCUAGGGUGUCAGGUAGCGUGGAGGUGAUAUGGUCCUUGACUAGUCUCUCAAAGCACUUCAUGAUGACGGAAGUGAGUGCUACGGGGCGGUAGUAGUUUAGCUCAGUUACCUUAGCUUUCUUGGGAACAGGAACAAUGGUGGCCCUCUUGAAGCAUGUGGGAACAGCAGACUGGUAUAGGGAUUGAUUGAAUAUGUCCGUAAACACACCGGCCAGCUGGUCUGCGCAUGCUCUGAGGGCGCGGCUGGGGAUGCCGUCUGGGCCUGCAGCCUUGCGAGGGUUAACACGUUUAAAUGUCUUACUCACCUCGGCUGCAGUGAAGGAGAGUCCGCAUGUUUUCGUUGCAGGCCGUGUCAGUGGCACUGUAUUGUCCUCAAAGCGGGCAAAAAAGUUAUUUAGUCUGCCUGGGAGCAAGACAUCCUGGUCCGUGACUGGGCUGGUUAUCUUCUUGUAGUCCGUGAUUGACUGUAGACCCUGCCACAUGCCUCUUGUGUCUGAGCCGUUGAAUUGAGAUUGUACUUUGUCUCUGUACUGACGCUUAGCUUGUUUGAUAGCCUUGCGGAGGGAAUAGCUGCACUGUUUGUAUUCGGUCAUGUUACCAGUCACCUUGCCCUGAUUAAAAGCAGUGGUUCGCGCUUUCAGUUUCACGCGAAUGCUGCCAUCAAUCCACAGUUUCUGGUUAGGGAAUGUUUUAAUCGUUGCUAUGGGAACGACAUCUUCAACGCACGUUCUAAUGAACUCGCACACCGAAUCAGUGUAUUCGUCAAUAUUGUUAUCUGAUGCAAUACGAAACAUAUCCCAGUCCACGUGAUGGAAGCAGUCUUGGAGUGUGGAGUCAGCUUGGUCGGACCAGCGUUGGACAGACCUCAGCAUGGGAGCUUCUUUUUUUAGUUUCUGUCUGUAGGCAGGGAUCAACAAAAUGGAGUCGUGGUCAGCUUUUCCGAAAGGGGGGCGGGGCAGGGCCUUAUAUGCAUCGCGGAAGUUAGAGUAACAAUGAUCCAAGGUUUUUCCACCCCUGGUUGCGCAAUCGAUAUGCUGAUAAAAUUUAGGGAGUCUUGUUUUCAGAUUAGCCUUGUUAAAAUCCCCAGCUACAAUGAAUGCAGCCUCCGGAUAAAUGGAUUCCAGUUUGCAAAGAGUCAAAUAAAGUUUGUUCAGAGCCAUCGAUGUGUCUGCUUGGUGGGGGAUAUAUACGGCUGUGAUUAUAAUCGAAGAGAAUUCUCUUGGUAGUUAAUGUGGUCGACAUUUGAUUGUGAGGAAUUCUAAAUCAGGUGAACAGAAGGAUUUGAGUUCCUGUAUGUUUCUUUCAUCACACCAUGUCUCGUUAGCCAUAAGGCAUACGCCCCCGCCCCUCUUCUUACCAGAAAGAUGUUUGUUUCUGUCGGCGCGAUGCGUGGAGAAACCCGCUGGCUGCACCGCCUCCGAUAGCGUUUCUCCAGUGAGCCAUGUUUCCGUGAAGCAAAGAACGUUACAGUCUCUGAUGUCCCUCUGGAAUGCUACCCUUGCUCGGAUUUCAUCAACCUUGUUGUCAAGAGACUGGACACUGUUCUCUGUGAAGGACCAACACUGAUGUCUCCAGAUGCCAUAAAUGUUGUAGAGAGGUUUGGGAGGGUUGUGGAGAGGUUAGAGGAUGUUGUAGAGAGGUUUGGUAAGGUUGUGGAGAGGUUAGAGGAUGUUGUAGAGAGGUUUGGUAAGGUUGUGGAGAGGUUAGAGGAUGUUGUAGAGAAGUUUGGGGAGGUUGUGGAGGUGUAUGGGGAUGUUGUAGAGAAGUUUGGGGAGGUUGCGGAGGUGUAUGGGGAUGUUGUAGAGAGGUUUGGGAAGGUUGUGGAGGAGUAAGGGGAAGUUGUAAGGAGGUUUGGGAAGGUUUGUGGAGGUGUAUGGGGAUGUUGUAGAGAGGUUUGGGAAGGUUGUGGAGGUGUAUGGAGAUGUUGUAGAGAGGUUUGGGAAGGUGGUGGAGGUGUAUGGAGAUGUUGUAGAGAGGUUUGGGAAGGUGGUGGAGGUGUAUGGAGUUGUUGUAGAGAGGUUUGGGAAGGUUGUGGAGGUGUAUGGAGAUGUUGUAGAGAGGUUUGGGAAGGUUGUGGAGGUGUAUGGGGAUGUUGUAGGGAGGUUUGGGAAGUUUGUGCAGACAUGAGGUGACAGUUGACGGUCUAGUAGGAGCUGUGUGUAAAACGACAGAACAGGCAUCCACAAAUACUGUCACCAUUUUGCUUUUCUCUAAUGAUGGUAUCGAUGAUAUACAUGUCAAUAGUCCAAUCUACCUGCAUCAUCCCCAUAUUGUUAUUAUUUACUGUUCUGCUCUUUUGCACACCAGUAUCUCUACUUACACACCAGUAUCUCUACUUACACACCAGUAUCUCUACUUACACACCAGUAUCUCUACUUACACACCAGUAUCUCUACUUACACACCAGUAUCUCUACUUACACACCAGUAUCUCUACUUACACACCAUCAUCUCUACUUACACACCAGUAUCUCUACUUACACACCAGUAUCUCUACUUACACACCAGUAUCUCUACUUACACACCAGUAUCUCUACUUACACACCAGUAUCUCUACUUACACACCAGUAUCUCUACUUACACACCAGUAUCUCUACUUACACACCAGUAUCUCUACUUACACACCAGUAUCUCUACUUACACACCAGUAUCUCUACUUACACACCAGUAUCUCUACUUACACACCAGUAUCUCUACUUACACACCAGUAUCUCUACUUACACACCAGUAUCUCUACUUACACACCAGUAUCUCUACUUACACACCAGUAUCUCUACUUACACACCAGUAUCUCUACUUACACACCAUCAUCUCUACUUACACACCAGUAUCUACUUACACACCAGUAUCUCUACUUACACACCAGUAUCUCUACUUACACACCAGUAUCUCUACUUACACACCAGUAUCUCUACUUACACACCAGUAUCUCUACUUACACACCAGUAUCUCUACUUACACACCAGUAUCUCUACUUACACACCAGUAUCUCUACUUACACACCAGUAUCUCUACUUACACAUCAGCAUCUCUACUUACACACCAGUAUCACUACUUACACACCUUCAUCUGCUCAUCAUCAUCUGCUCAUCCAUCACUCCAGUGUUAAUCUGAUAAAUUGUAAUUACUUUGCUACUGUGGCCUAUUUUUUGCCUUACCUCCUCACACCAUUUGCACACACUGUAUAUAGACUGUCUUUUUAUAUUGUAUUCUUGACUGUAUGUUUGUUUACUCCAUGUGUAACUCUGUGUUGUUUGUCGCACUGCUUUGCUUUAUCUUGGCCAGGUCGCAGUUGUAAAUGAGAACUUGUUGUCAACUGGCCUACCUGGUUAAAUAAAAUAAAAUACAGUACUCUGUAAAGUCUCUCCUCCUGUCUGUGGUCAGGUCUGAUGGUAUCUAUGAUAUAUACAGUACUCUGUAAAGUCUCUCCCCCUGUCUGUGGUCAGGUCUGAUGGUAUCUAUGAUAUAUACAGUACUCUGUAAAGUCUCUCCCCCUGUCUGUGGUCAGGUCUGAUGGUAUCUAUGAUAUAUACAGUACUCUGUAAAGUCUCUCCUCCUGUCUGUGGUCAGGUCUGAUGGUAUCUAUGAUAUAUACAGUACUCUGUAAAGUCUCUCCCCCUGUCUGUGGUCAGGUCUGAUGGUAUCUAUGAUAUAUACAGUACUCUGUAAAGUCUCUCCUCCUGUCUGUGGUCAGGUCUGAUGGUAUCUAUGAUAUAUACAGUACUCUGUAGAGUCUCUCCUCCUGUCUGUGGUCAGGUCUGAUGGUAUCUAUGAUAUAUACAGUACUCUGUAAAGUCUCUCCUCCUGUCUGUGUUCAGGUCUGAUGGUAUCUAUGAUAUAUACAGUACUCUGUAAAGUCUCUCCUCCUGUCUGUGUUCAGGUCUGAUGGUAUCUAUGAUAUAUACAGUACUCUGUAAAGUCUCUCCUCCUGUCUGUGGUCAGGUCUGAUGGUGUGGACCAGUGUUGGUCUGGUAGUCAUGGUGACAGUGUUAGGUCUGGUCCUGCUCCUGUUUUACAGACAGAGGAGAGGAACCAGGAGAACACUACCACCAGUCUACUCCAACACACAACCUGACCCUACUGGAGAGGUGAGAUACAAGGAGGGUGUGUGUGUGUGUGUGUGUGUGUGUGUGUGUGUGUGUGUGUGUGUGUGUGUGUGUGUGUGUGUGUGUGUGUGUGUGUGUGUGUGUGUGUGUGUGUGUGUGUGUGUGUGUGUGUGUGUGUGUGUGUGUGUGUGUGUGUGUGUGUGUGUAUAAAU